UCUCCGCCCCCCUCUCCCGCUGGUGGUGGCUACGGGUUGCAGCGCCGGUGGUGGCGGUUUCGGUACCCGAAGUCGGGAGCGCGAAGUCGUUCCCGGGGGCGGAGGCCAGGCUAUGAUCGCGGGUCCCUGGCGUCCCGCUCGGGCCAACCAGAGUCCUCGUUUCGGCUUUUGCCUGUCCCCGAGCGGUCUCCUCAGCCCGGCCCCACUGCGCGGUUUGCAGCGGCGCCCCCAGCGCGCCCCCUCUGAUGGCGGCGGAGAUUCAGCCCAAGCCUCUAAUCCGCAAGCCGAUCUUGCUGCAGCGGGUCGAGGGGUCCCAGGAGGUGGUGAAUAUGGCCGUGAUCGUUCCCAAGGAGGAGGGCGUCAUCAGCGUCUCGGAGGACAGAACAGUUCGUGUAUGGUUAAAAAGAGACAGUGGACAAUAUUGGCCAAGCAUAUACCAUCUCAUGCCUUCUCCAUGUUCAUGCAUGUCUUUUAACCCGGAAACAAGAAGACUGUCCAUAGGUCUAGACAAUGGUACAAUCUCAGAAUUUAUUUUAUCAGAAGAUUAUAACAAGAUGACUCCUGUGAAAAACUAUCAAGCGCAUCAGAGCAGAGUGACGAUGAUCCUGUUUGUCCUGGAGCUGGAGUGGGUGCUGAGCACAGGACAGGACAAGCAAUUUGCCUGGCACUGCUCUGAGAGCGGGCAGCGCCUGGGAGGUUAUCGCACCAGUGCUGUGGCCUCGGGCCUGCAAUUCGAUGUUGAAACCCGGCAUGUGUUUAUUGGUGACCAUUCAGGCCAAGUAACCAUCCUCAAACUGGAGCAAGAAAACUGCACCCUGAUCACAACAUUCAGAGGACAUACAGGUGGGGUGACUGCUCUCUGUUGGGACCCCGUCCAGCGAGUUUUGUUCUCAGGCAGCUCCGAUCACUCUGUAAUCAUGUGGGACAUCGGUGGAAGAAAAGGAACAGCCAUCGAGCUCCAAGGACACAAGGUGACUAAUGCUGGCCAGAGUUCCAAAUCAGGGACUGAACUGGUGAGCGGGGGACCUGGAGAGAGCAGACCGGACCAGAGCUCCCACCUCUCGGAGUGCGGAGACUGCCUUCCCCUCUUCUGGAAAUGCCUAAGUGUGGCGUGGAGAGAUAGCUUCCGUCCUGGUGACAAAGUCCAGGCCCUCUCCUACGCACAGCACACACGGCAGCUCAUCUCAUGUGGCGGUGAUGGUGGCAUUGUCGUCUGGAACAUGGAUGUGGAGAGGCAGGAGACCCCUGAAUGGUUGGACAGCGAUUCCUGCCAAAAGUGUGAUCAGCCUUUCUUCUGGAACUUCAAGCAAAUGUGGGACAGUAAGAAAAUUGGCUUGAGACAGCACCACUGCCGCAAGUGCGGGAAGGCUGUCUGCGGUAAGUGCAGCUCCAAACGCUCCUCCAUCCCUCUGAUGGGCUUCGAGUUUGAAGUGAGGGUCUGUGACAGCUGCCAUGAGGCCAUCACAGAUGAAGAACGUGCGCCCACGGCUACCUUCCAUGACAGUAAACAUAACAUUGUGCAUGUGCAUUUUGAUGCAACCAGAGGGUGGUUACUGACCUCGGGAACUGACAAGGUUAUUAAGUUGUGGGAUAUGACCCCAGUAGUGUCUUGAUGACACUCCCAGGCAUCAGAUAGUAUUUACUCAAGAAACAGUUCAAUCCAGAUUGUUACUGGAGGUGUAAAGCAGACGUGUGAGAAGCUAAAGAACCUAGCUGAGUUUGCCUGUUACCUGCGCACAGAGUGGUGAGCUUGUGAAUGAACACUUGGAGAGGACUCUUUCAACUUGUUCAUACAAUAUAAAAGGAGAUAUUUUUUUAACAAAUGGUUUAUACAGUUUGGCUGUGCUACAUUGUUUUGUGUAUACUGAAAACUGCUGUGUUUAAUUUUUAUAUUUUUCAACAGUUCAUUUUAAUUGUUACUUUGUCUGUCGGAGAAAUAAGGGAAAUGUCUGUUCAGGGUGUUUUGGGUCAUUAUAAAGCAGUUUCAUGUUUUCUUCACUUGGGCAUGGAUCUUUUUCUUCUCUGUAUAUCUGUCUACCCUCACCUUCAUCUGCUCUUCCCCAGAAUGUGCGUGUUUACGUUUAUUCACAGCGUUUCUGCUUUCAUAGAAAUCCUCUUCAAUUGAGAGCUUUGGGAAACCAUUCAUGCGGAUUUAACAGCUGACUUCUUGAAUCACCUAAAGAAUGAUCUGUGUGUAAUGUCUAACUUAUUCAUGUUCUUAUUGAGUAGAAAUGACUUUGUGUUUCUGCCUCAGUUUUCUCUCUUUCCCACGUUAAAAAACUCUGAAAGCUGUUCCCAACCAUUGUCAUCACGAAAGUAGAUUAUUAUAACUCAGAGCUUCAACUGUCAGUGCCUGGACCAUUUCUACUUUAGUUGGAGCCUUCUGAGCUUUUUAUGUUUUAAUGUUAUUGACCCAGCUCUCCCUCACUCAUAAUAUUUAAAAACAAAAAACCCUAUGUCCUUCAAAAUAAGCAUCUUUAAGAUGUGUUUUUCCAUGUGACAUCACCUCUGAACUUAAACACGUUCAUUACUACGAGAUUGUAUCCUGCUCUAUUCCUUACCAUCUGUAUUUUCUUCCCCGUUAAAAACUAGAACACUCUGCAUACUUUCAUACUAGAUCUGUGUGAUCUGAGAUAUAAAAGGUACUGAAUCCUACAGCUCAUGCUGUGUUUCUGUUGGGAAUGUGAAAAAAGGGCUGUAGAAAAUCAACUUGAAAAACUCUAAUUUUAAGGGAAUCCAAUCAAACUUGAUAAAGCAAAAUAUUCUUAUGUAUAGUGACUCAACUCAGGAUAUUGAAGUCCUUUUUUAAAAAUCUUAUUUUCACCUGUAAAAAUAGAAUUUAAAUGAGUGGGCAAGCAUGUAUUAUGUGCCUGCUCCAUUCUCAGCACUUUACGUCAACUCUCACCUCUCCACUAAGUCUCUUGGGGAUCACCAGGUUAAAUAAAGCCUUGCAGAUAAGCAGGCCAAUUAUUUUCCAUCCCUGUUUAAGCCCCAUCUCCACAGUGUCUUGUUCACUUCUGAUUUGACAAUUUUUUGGUGGUAGUAUUUUAAAUCCUUCCUAUUUUUCACCCUUUUCCAGAAAAGCAAUUUUUUCCCUCAUGAUCAUUAAUUACUUUUCUUUCUAACUGGGAAAAGUACUCCCAGCCCUGACCACCCCUAACACUGACCUUGACCCGGCAUGCUUCCUGGGAAUGGGACGGCGCUUCCUAGUGAUGAUUCUGCUGCUGUAGCAUUGGGAAGCAGUGGGUGUUCCCCAGUCAGCUACAGUACAUGACAGCCAUCGCCUGAGACAUCAGACCAGAUCAGCCCAUGUGACCAUACCCCAAGGUUGUAUGCAUGUGUGCACGUACGUGGUAGUUGUACCACUUGUCACUUCACUGUCCUCUUCCACAUUACCCUCACUUGCCAUCAAGCUGUUAGAAUUAAUCUGACUCUUUACUGCAUGAUUGCUCUGUGAGAGCUUUAAAAGAGAAUUAAAUUUAAAAUAUUCAGAUAUAUAUUUUAUAGUUUAUUACUAGAACCUGCAGCCAUUACUAAGUUGUACAUAAUAGAGAGCUAUGUUGGAAAUGAGUAAUAUAUAUAGAUCUCUGUUUCUCUUUCCUGAACUUUGGAGCAUGGCCUCUCUAUAGAGAGGAAGACAGACACAGUAUUAGGGAGGCAGGAGAUCAGGCACCCUGCAGGCUUGGCACGGAUCUGAGUGAGGUCUAGAUGAGCUCAUACCCCAUUUGGGAUGCCGAUUGUCCCUGUCGGGUCACAUGUGUACACCAUGCUCUGUGUACACUCUGUCUGUGACCCCACACUUCACUGUCAUCAUCUCCCUCCCAGCCUGGCUGUACCCCAGUCCACAGAGCCACUCAAGUUGAAACCACUUGACACCUCAUUGAUGAUGAGAGUCACAGUCAGAAAACCACAGAUAUGUCAAGGAUCCAUUGCUCUGCCCUUUCUUUCUCCUCAUCUGUCUGGUUGCUUGAAUUUAAUGAGAAGUGCUUAGCAAACCAGCUGUGUGUGUUUAUACUACUGUGAAUGCCUGAAUUUUACAUUGCGUGUCUCCACUAUUUUUCUAACUCAGAUAGAUGUGCUGGUGUUGGGUGCCUUCCAAGCAUUUUAUGGAAAUGGAGGCUUCAUUCGCGAGGAAUGAAAGCUGGCACCAGCACUUGACUUUUCUCCUGUCUAGGUUAACUGUCACAGUUCUUGUUUUACCCUAUUGGGUUUGCACUUUACAUAUAUUUUUGCUCUAUUACUUCAACUUACAGAAGCUCUGGCAAGUGAUGCCUAACAUGGCUGUGUUGGGAAGUGGCAAAAUUGCACAUAUAUGCACAUAGUUAUUCUUCCUUUGGUAAGAUAAAACCAAUCACAUGUUCUCAGUUUCUCCAAAGAAAUGAUGUUACUGGAACCUUUUAACUGCCUUGGUAUGUCUCCACAGUAGCUAACGUGGUUUUACAUUAAGUCCUCGGAGUUGUGUGUCUUUUUAUGUGAAGUCAGUCAACCAUGAUGUGUUUCUCAUUUGAUUAUUUGAAUUAUUUAAAGAAUCAUAAAAUCACAACUGGAAGGGAUCUUCACAAAUUUAGAGUGUUCAAGCACAAAACACUUUAGUCCUGUCAAGCAAAUAGAAUAGCUGAGGGAUAAACAAGAGAAUCUAAAAGAAGAAUUUUCAAGGAACAGUUGUUUUCAAACAUUACCUGGUAAUGGCAUGAGUGGGAGAAGUGACUUCCAGCGCCUAGAGACAGGGCCCUCGGGAACCAGAUCUGUUCCUCUCAGCACUGGUAAAUUAGACUCUGCGUUUGCCCCAGCCCUGUGGCUGUGAGCAGGUGGACACUGUGUGGCGAGGCGGUUACUGCAGAUCUUCAUCAGCGUGGACUCCUCCCUACACUCUUCCCCACAGACCACACAGCAUCAGUGUUAAAGUGGGCAUCCAGGGGCACUGAACAUGCAUGCACCUUAUCCUAUUUGUCUGAAGACUGAUUACAAGCUGGCCUUGAGUGAGUCUCUGGGCCCACAGAGUAUGCCCUUCCUGUGGAACAUCACAUUUUCAAGUUUUGAAAUUUAUUUAUUUUUGCUUAACAGUAAUCUGUUUUUAAAGUCUGAAUUUGGACUUUUAAGCAGAGAGAUAGCUCUAAACUAUGUGUUAAAGUUACUGGAUAUAAAUAUUCAUUAAAUGAGAUUCCUUUGGUUUUCAUGGUAGUUUUAUUGUAUGUAAAUAGCCUUAUUCACUAAGAUUCACAUGUUAACAUGAAAGCAUUUUGCCAAAACAUUCUUUUCUCUCCUUAAAAAUAAUGUUAAAUUUUUCCUUGUGUGAAAGCAUGGCUAUCUAGCAACUUGAUUGGAAAACACAGAAAUUAAAUUCCUUUUUAAUACUUAUUUAGAUGAUCUGAAAUUCUAAUCCAGUUCAACCAACCAUUUGUUGAGUGUACACCAAAUGCCAGGCUUCGAACUAGGUCCUAGGGUGACAAGGUCCAUUGCCAGGCCUGUGCAGAGGCCACACAGAUGUGUAGAUAGAUCAUUUUCAGUACAAUGUGGCAAAUUCAAUAACAGAGGUGCAUAUGGGGUCUCUCCCAGGAGCUGCACUGUGGCUGGGGCCAGAGGGACUUAGCAGAUGAACCAAGUGUUAAAGCCUUAGUUGAGUAAGGAAGUGACUUUCCAAGCUGCAGAAAAUGCAUAAACAGAGGCCCACGAUCUAGCAUCAGCCUGGUGCGAGGAACCACAGGUGGUCUGGAGUUGCCAGUGAAUAGGAGUGCUCAGCUGCAGUCCGGGAGGCUGAGCUCUGGUCACUUUGAGAUGCAGAUGCUCAUGACGGGAAAAGAGGAAGGCAGCACUCAAUUGGUCGUGAGGGGUUUGUUUACUAAGAGGCCCAUCAAUUUUAGAGUCAGGUUUUCCUGUAGUCAAAGCUAGUAUCAAAGUUUCUUUUUCUUUGGAAAUGCCUCGAAUUGUUAUCUUAAAAUGACCCAUGAUAACUAAUUUUUGAAGCUUCUGGGUGCACAGCCCCUCACUGGAGGCGGUGAGGUCGACCACGCAUGCAUGGACUUGACCUGGAACUACUUACAUGCUAAUUCCAUAAUUACACAGAUGGCGUGAGCUAAGCUACUCCCCUUUGAAAAUGGAAAGGCCUUGACCUGUGGCAGAAGGAGAUUGUUUUAGACAACUGUGGCAUCACACUAACAGGCAGCACCAAACCUUUUGGUACAGAAAAGGCAACUGCUGCCCUCGGUUUCCCUCUUGGCCUUAAAUCAUUUUUGCAAGUAAUAAGUCAUUUCAGUAUAGUGUGGCAAAUGUGAUAAAUCCUCAUUGCAGUGGUACUCUCCAAGUGGAAGGGGACAUUUUUCUCAAUUCAGUGACAGUACAAAUGGCUCAGUCACCCACUGCCUCAGAGACCUGGCUCUGCCAAGGCAGGGGCACUCAGCCUCCCACCAUGGGGCUUGGCACCUUCUACUUCCUGCCGUUCCAUCCGUUUGCCUUUUUCUUUGAGUACCCAAGUAUAAUAGUCCAUAACUUAAUUCAGGAACAUCGGUGUUCAUGUUUAAACUUUAGCUCAAUUUUACAACCAAGAACUACCAAGUGAAUACUUACCAAUACAGCGUUUUAGUUUGUAAUUUUGUCUUUAAACAUUAUCCUGUCCACUGAGAAGCCUGUUUAGACCUAGCACAUCAAAGGAGAAUCUAAAAAUUAGACCUGUCCAAAAUUGGAGUGAGAUCCCUUCUUUGCAUUUCUCAUGCCAGGGAAUGUUUUAACAGACCAUAGGUAGCCCCUUGUCAGUGAUGUGGAAAGGAGAGUAAAGCCUGGAGUAAGGGUCAAAUUCGAUACUCAUUCUUAGGAUCCCUUCCAAUCCCAUGAUCCUGUGAUUCCAUGAAUGUUGUUUAUUAUCGCACUGGCCAAAACCAUUACCAGUGAUCGACCCACACGUGGCUGGCUUAACUCAGAUAAAUGAGAACAUAGCCUGACAUUUUUUUCUUCUGUCAUAUUAGGAAAAUUGUUUUCUGCAUUUUUCUAUGUAGAGCCUUGAAGGUAUGAAAAAGAUGGUGAAGGUGGAAGUUAACCAUGGUGCCAUCUCAUUAAAAACAGAUACCUUAAAAUUUUCACCUUUGUGAGUCAAGUGUAUCUGACUUUCUUGGGAGAAAAAGUCAGGAAACUGCAGGCUGGUUUCAAAGGUUAAAUUUAGAAUCUGAUCUUGAUAUGCGCGAUUCUUGCCGUUCCCCCGCGACCCACCGUUUUUCUUGGUUCUCUGGGAAGCACGAGAGAAUGAACUGUAAUACAAAAAGGGAAAAUGGUUUGAAAAAAGCAUUUCACUUAGGUACACUUUUUCCGUUUAAACGGAUGGCGGCCUUAUGUCAGUCAGUAGCAUACACCAGUAUGAAGUACAGACCAAAAUACUUGCGUCACUGGUAACCAUCGUGCUCUCAAUGUGUAUUUGUGUUUUAUGCCAUUUGCCUUGAUUUUUAAAUGACUUUUCAAUGUAUUGUCAUUUUGCAAAAGAAAAUCUUUCUAUGAGAAGUGCAAAGACUGUUAUUAACUGGACAACAGGGAAGGUGCUAGCCCCACACCAUGCCUGCCGACCACUGAUCCAUAACCAGGGACGUGGCUCUUCUGCUCUGCCUGCCUGUGUGUCUGUGGCCACACUGGAACCUGGCUGCAGAGGGCAUAUUACUUUAUGGAUAUUUUUCUUUCUUUUUAAAGAUUCUCCAAGGGGUCAGGCUGAGACUGUAAUAAGCCCAAAGUUGGAACAUAUUUCUCAAAUGUGGUUCUCUGUCGCCGGUUCCACCAACCAAACCAAGUGGUCCUGACACUGACUUCUGAAUGUCACGAUUGGGUGGGACUGAGCAAAAAUUUCCUAUGAAGUUAAAAUGUCUGUUUCCAGUUCUACAUUCAAAUGCUGCUGAAUGUCGCGAAUGUUUCAGAACCCCACCUCCUUUCCCACUGUGCUUCCCUCCAACUGAAUUGUACAUGUAGCCGUUACCACCGUACGAGACUCUGUGCAAAGUCGCCUCCAUGGUGUAAAAUAAACCUCUGGAAACCGUCCUGAAA